AAAUUUUUCAAUGGUCUAACAAUCUGAAAAUGAUUCUCGAAAUCAGAGGAAUUCAUUUUUGAAUUGUGUUUUAGGAAAAUUUUAUAAAAAUAAAGAAAAAAGAAAAGGUAAAUAUACGAAAUUGGAUUUGGAUUUGGCUUUAGACAAUAUAAAUGGAACAAAAUUCACAACAUUUUUGUUUUAUCAGAUGCCGAGAAUUAUUUUAAGUGGAAAAAAAAUCAAACAUAAAGUGAGUUACUUUAAAGAACUUGACUAUUUGCUAAAUUAUGUAGAAAAAAAAAAAAACAAAUAUUAUUCGGGUUGCUUUUAAGUUUAAAAGAAGAGACCAGAAAAGCAUUACCUUGAAAUUAUUGCAAAAUAGUUAUCCAAACUCCCUGAUUUUGAAGGACUAAAUUAAGAAAAAAAAUACUAUGGAAUAAAGUAAUAUGUUGAAUUCAUUAAAUUCAUAAUGGAGAUAAGUAAAAAAAACGAUAAAGAAGCUAAAUAAAUUCUUAUGGAUUAUAUUGAUAACAAAAUUCCUAAUAAUAGUUAGAAAAAAGCAUAUGUAAAGAAUAAAAUUCAAUAGCUAAAAAUCUAAUGA